CGUCACCCCUCCCUGCCCCUCCAUAGGUAGGCUGCAGGGAUGUUGGGUGUGUGUGCGGAAACUGACAGGUAGAGAGCUGCCGUCUCUCGGUGGGUCGUAGGCAAUGCAGCGAACAGAUUUAGUAAAUAUUAUCAUACGAGCCCCAUCCAAACGAGCCAGAUUAACUAUGUUCACAUAACUUGGCUCUUGGCUUGAGUUCAGUGGCGAACGUGGGCGAAGGGACCGCAGGACAAACGGGAAAUUCAACUGUCAGCUGGCCGGGAAAGCCGAUCACACCACCCGGCUUCCGGGGAUUCAGGGGCCGCAUCGGUUGACGGCAGACGUCGGUCGGUAACUCGGGGGAAAAAGGGCGAACCACAUCAUCGCCGUCAUCCACCUCUCGAUUUCAGCGACUUUCGAGAUGUCAAGAAAGCUACAGAGGACAGAAGUCUGCGCCGACUGCAGUGCGCCAGACCCAGGCUGGACCAGCAUCAACCGAGGGGUCCUGAUCUGUGAUGAAUGCUGUUCAGUCCACCGCAGCUUAGGCCGCCAUAUCUCCAUAGUGAAACACCUGAGGCACAGUGGAUGGCCUCCCGCACUACUGCAGAUGGUUCAGACCUUGGCCAGUAACGGGGCCAACUCCAUAUGGGAACACAGUCUCCUGGACCCAGCUCAGGUGCAGAGCGGUCGCAGGAAACCCAACCCCCAGGAUAAAGUCCAUCCCACUAAGUCAGAUUUCAUCAGAGCCAAAUACCAGAUGCUGGCCUUUGUGCACAAGCUGCCCUGCCGCGAUGAUGAUGGCGUCACUACCAAGGACCUUAGUAAGCAACUUCACUCAAGUGUGCGGACGGGGAGUUUAGAGACAUGUCUUCGGCUCCUGUCACUUGGCGCUCAGGCCAACUUCUUCCACCCGGAGAAAGGCACUACCCCACUCCAUGUGGCAGCAAAAGCAGGCCAGAUCCUGCAGGCAGAGCUGCUAGUGGUGUACGGUGCGGACCCCGGAGCACCUGACAUCAACGGUCGCACUCCUAUGGACUACGCAAGGCAGGCGGGCCAUAUAGAGCUGGCAGAGCGGCUGGUAGAGUGUCAGUAUGAGCUGACAGACAGACUAGCCUUCUACCUUUGUGGACGGCGCCCAGAUCACAAGAAUGGCCAUUAUAUCAUUCCUCAAAUGGCAGACAGAGCUCGUCCUAAGUGCCCGACACAGAGUCUGGACCUCUCAGAAUUGGCUAAAGCUGCCAAGAAGAAGCUCCAAGCGCUCAACAAUCGGCUGUUCGAGGAGCUAGCGAUGGACGUCUACGACGAGGUAGAUCGCAGAGAAAACGAUGCUGUAUGGCUUACAACCCAGAACCACAGCACUCUGGUAACAGAACGCAGCGCAGUGCCCUUCCUACCUGUCAAUCCUGAAUACUCUGCCACACGCAACCAGGGACGUCAGAAGCUGGCACGUUUCAACGCUCGGGAGUUUGCCACGCUCAUCAUAGAUAUCCUGAGUGAUGCCAAAAGGAGACAGCAGGGGAAAGGUCUUAGCAGCCCUACUGACACACUGGACCUGGGCAUUGAUGACGACCAGCAUGACUAUGACAGUGUAGCCUCUGAUGAAGACACAGACAGCGAGCUGACCACCCAGAACAACAACAACACGCAACGCAGCAAUCGUGCAAAGAGUAUGGACUCUUCAGACCUGUCAGACGGUCCCAUCACCCUUCAGGAGUACCUGGAGGUGAAGAAGGCCCUGGCCUCCUCGGAAGCCAAGGUGCAGCAGCUGAUGAAGGUCAACAACAACUUGAGCGAGGAGCUGCGGCGGCUGCAGAAGGAGAUCACGCGGAUGCAGACAGAGAACAGCGCGCUGCGGGGGAGCCAGCAGGCUGGGGGGGCAGCUGGCCAUGGGGUAGGGGGGCCUGGUGGAGGAGGAGGGGGAGGAGCCCACUGGCAAGGGGGUGGGAUAAGAGGGGGAAUAGGCGGAGGGGGUCUGGGUGGGUUUGGGCCAGGAGCAGACCCCCAGGGGCUUUCGGUGCCCUCCUCGGUUGCCCCCCACUCCCAUCCCCACCGGAGGGACCGCCAGGCCUUCUCAAUGUACGAGCCAGGGGCGGCCCCCGGCCCCACGGCCCAUGGUCCCCCAGCCCUGGACUCCCUGGCAGCCCGCCUGCAGCCCCUCAACACACCCAGCGUAAGGAAAGGUAGUACAGCGGGUCCAACGCCAUAUGGAAGCCAGCAUCUGUCUGGGUCGACAGAGAUGGGCAGAUACAUGGUCCCUAAACCAGAGAAGCACGGAAGUGGCACUGACAGUGACUACGACAACACACAAACAUACGACCUCUCGCUAAGCAUGGGCCGCAGCAGCGAGGAGGAAGGCCGCGGGGAGUCUGAGGAGGGAGGAGGUGGGGAGGCGGGGGAGCCUGACCCAACCCUGCCCUGCACAGAGGACGUCAUACUGAAAACUGAGCAGGUGACCAAGAACAUCCAGGAGCUGCUCAGGGCCGCUCAGGAGUUUAAACACGACAGCUUUGUUCCAUGUUCUGAGAAGAUCCACUCUGCUGUCACUGAGAUGGCCUCACUCUUCCCUAAACGCCCAGCAUUGGAUGCAGUCCACUGCUCCCUCCGCCUGUUGGCUUCCAGUGCCUCGCGGCUGCAGGUGGAGUGCCGUAAGGCAGCGCCCUCGGAGCCCGGAGCCCCUGCAGUGGACUACCAGCUCCUCACUCAGCAGGUCAUCCAAUGCGCCUACGACAUCGCCAAGGCUGCUAAGCAGCUGGUCACCAUCACCACUCGUGAGAAGAAACAGUGACCCAACAAAUGCAUGGAUGGACGGAGAGGGAAGAGGGAGAGAGAACGGAUUAAUGCAUGGGAAGGCUAACAGGGAUAGGAGGGGCUUCUGGGAGAGGAAAGAAGAGAGGAGAAAUACGAUAACACUACAGAUGGGAGGAUGAGGGAUGGGGAGUGAUCGAGAGAAUCCUGGCUGCAAUGAAGAAAGGCAAAGUUUGGAUUAUGCAUGGAAAAGGAAGCAAAGCAUAUCGAUUGUUAAGUAGAAACACUACAGAGGACAGAAAAAAGAAGAAAAUUCCACAAGUGUGGAAGGGAAAGUAGGGAAAGACGGGUGGAUAGAAACUACAGCCUGCUGCAACCUAAAUAAACUGUGGGAAUCAGAUGUGUAUAAUAAACCGCUUAAACUGUGAUGAGCAUACGUGAAUUACAAAUGGUGGCGAUGUACAGCAAACUGGAUCCCUGAGAUGUUACCGGCUUUAUUUAUUCUCGCCUGUCACUCGUCAUCCCUCCCUCCCCCCCCCCAGUCAACCUGAACCAGGGAGAGAGGAAGUGUGAGCUGCGAGAGAGGGGAGUAGUUAAGACCAACCACGACCUCCUCCACACCAUCUCCGUCCCUCCAUCCUGUGAGGAGUCAGGACAUUUCCCCUCUCCUUUCCUCUUCGGCCGUGCUCCUCUGCCCCCUAACCCCAUCCCAGACAGGGUGAGCUGGCAGUGCAGAGCAGGACGCCCCCUGGGGCCCCAUCCAGCUCCACCACCGCUCCACACCCAGCCUCACUCAGGCUCUCAGCUGCCUCCUAUUUGAAUAGCAUUCGCAGGGGGCGUCAGCUUUUCUCCAACCCGUCACCCCCCCCCCCUGUUGUUGGCGGUACACAGCAUGAUCUGGCAUGUUUUCAGUUUCUUUCCUCUCUCUUCUUUUUCUUUUUUUUCUUUUGAAUACGCAGGUUGGUGUGGUCUGCACCUCUGAGGACAACAAUUACUGACAAAACAAACACUUACACUGGAAUAAUUGUGAUAUAUUGAUGUUGUUUAUCAUGCCUAUUGUUUUUUUUUGUAUUGAUAUUUUUACUGACUGUCAUCUUGAUUUAACUGUUUAUGUAUGAUUAUUUUAUUGUCUCAAAUAUGAUUCUCAUUUAGUUGAAUAGGGAGACAGGUGGUGAGUAUGUGCUCGAACUCUUACUGGGAUUUAAGUCAACAUGCACACAUAAAAGAAAUAACCUGUGAAAUGGUCCUGAGCAUUUCUCAAGCACUCCUUUUUUUGGGUGACACUUGAGUUGUUUUUCUUUUUUCUUUUUUUUUCAUGUUGUAAUAUGUCCUGUGGCCAAGUGGUUGAACAGUUGCCAAAGGGGAGCGGAUUUAGGGCGAGAUUGUGUUUUUGGUCAGAAUUUUCUGUCAGAAUGGCCCCUUUGUGCAUUAUGACAGGACCUGGAUCAAAACUCUCUUUUUGUGUAUCCUCUGCUGUCUUUUUGGGCUUGAUUUUUAUCGUACAAAUUGCCUCAUUUGACAGAGCCAGUGAAAUCAUCUCAGAAUCAGUCCCAUAUUCAUGUUUGUGUAUAAGGAUUAAACCGCCCCCCCUCCCCACCCAUUUUUGCUUUAAAGCAGUAUGUUACUUACCUGGUGGACGUCUGCUCCCUGGGCGCAUUAUUUGAAUGCAUGUUAACAAAAUGGUUAGGUCGCAUUUAAGUUGACACACAUACUGAUAUGUUGCAGUUAAGCUUUAAGUAGUCCUGUGGAAAGCACCAGAUCAACCUGGACAGUAAAAAUCGUGAGAGACGCUCAUCGCGUCAUUUCAGUUGAGAAAAUCGUCUCAUUUGAAAUGCAGUUACACACCUCAAGUGUGCUUGAUGUAGUUUGCCAUGUAUUAUUUUCACUUUUUGGACUGUCUGGCAAGCACAAUCAGGCCCACGCUCUGUUUGAUUCUCUGUCACGGCCUGCUGAUCUGGGCCACAGAAGUUGUCACUUCUAGCUCACUGUCUCUGCACUCUGCCAGUUGGGAGACAGCAUUGGGAACAAAGAUAUUUCUUUUUUGAUUUUUUUUUUUCAAAAAAGAUAGCGCACUUAGCCUACUGUAGGUAUAAAGCUUGUUGUACUGUGCCGAACAAAUGUGGUUGUAUCUGUAAGAAAAGGAAUGCAGAUAGGACCUAAGAAGUCUUUCCUAGCUGCCAUGAGGACCGUCCUCUUCUAGUUUAGGUUCACCUCUAACCCUCCUUCAACGACUCUGUGGCUGGUUUCUCACAGUGUUUGUGGCUUGAACUUAACAUUGGUCUCUUCUAUAAUCAGAAAGCCUCUGCACAUUAAAUUAAUUGCCUGAAACUUUGACCUCAUCCUUCACACGGCAGUUGCAUCUCAGUCUUUUUUUUUUUCUUGUUGUUUGUUGUCUUGAAUUGCUGCCUUUUAGCAAGAAACAUUUAGACCUUAAUUAGCCCCAAACACUUUGAGGGACUAACGCUCGACCACCUUCAGCACUCUUCUGUCCGCUUUAUUCAUGUUUUGUUUUUCACUGUCACCCCCUUAACCGUCACUCGGGGUCUCGGAUUGUCAGUGUUCGUCAGUCUCUCUGUCGGGGAGGUCGGAGGUUUGUUUGCUCUGUUCCCUGUCAAAACAGAUCUGUGUCCAGGAGACUCAUGAAAUGUAUCGUUGUUUCGCUAUCGAAGGCCUUCGGACAGCUUCAUCAUCAUCAUCUCGUGCUUGAUUGGCUGAGUUACAGUGAUGUACUGGAACAACAGCAAUACUUCCACACACACUCACACACUCACGCACGCACGGGGCCUUGUCCCUUCAAUCAUGAUUGCCCAAGUUUUAGACUAGAGCCAUAUAUAUGAACAUAUAUUUUCAUGCUAUAUUUUAUAUUAAGCUAAAUGUUAGGGUUAUGUCUGCAGGAUAUUUAUGUCUAUUUGUUGGCCCAAGUGGGCUUCAGGCUACGGGAUCUGUUCACCAAAUCUUUAUUCAGCUCUCCGGUCUUGACACCAAUGUACUUGUAGAUGUUUUAAGUCUUGUGAGUACGGUCACUCUGUGGUAUUACCCCUUAAUGUAGUUAUAUUGUACAUAUUUACGAUCCUACCAGAAUCCACAGGAGGCGAACAGUUUGAUGUAGGCGAUUACUCAACAGUGUGGUCUAAGUUGCACUAUUUUCAAACACCAGCUGGGUGGAGUAGGAUCUACAUUAUGUGCUGCGCUCUCCCAAAGGUCUUAGUUCAAGUACAUAAGGUGCAAGAUGCAGCGGUUGAUACAGGAUCGGGUGAUGGGAAAGCUCUGAAGCGCACUUCGGCUUAGCACUACAGUCAUCUCAAAAUGGGUGGAGGAGGGUCUAACGUGCACAUGGACCGGUCCUUCCCCGAGUUAGUAGACACUACGUAGGGUGCCUCUAGUAUGAAUGUUGAACGCUUCCCGUUGAUUCAUGUCCAACACACUUUCUACACCGUCAUCAUUCAGCACAUACUCUCCAACAUCCAACACACGCCCCUCAACUUACAAGUCGGACCAAGCCUUCUACAAGUACAAACGUUCAAUUUGCAGCCAGUGAAAUACAGACACACACACACACACACACACUUCUGAUAGUCAGCCAUUGGCAGUGCACUGUGGCCUGAACUGUUGCUGUCCCUGUGUUUCUUCACAGCUCUACACUUUGGGAGAUGGGUGACGGGAGAGUUAUCUUUUAACAGAAGACGUUACAAACUGUAUAAAGUAGAGAAAAACAAUGACUUAAAAAGGUCAAUGGUAAUGGAAACUCAUAAGCUGUACAUUUGUAAUAAAAUGUUAAAACAAAA